CAAAAACUUAGUCUUUGUCAUCAUAUUUGUGUUUAUAUUUAUCGGUUUGAACUGAUCUCUGGUUUUGGAAUGGAUAUCAGAACAUUCGUUUUCAGUUCACAUCCAAAAUUUAAUCCAGAUGUGUAAAUAAAGUUUUAUUGUUUUCAUUACAUCCCUUAUGGUUGAUUUCAAACUUUGCAAUCACUGGAAAGGAUAGAGAAUAGUGCUAAAAUGACUAUUAAUAGGGGCUUGCAGGGGAUUUUUGGCAAUUAAUUUUAAGUAUUACUUACUCCAGAGAUUUCUUUUGAUUCUGAUAUGCUGGUCACUCUCCUAUUUGACUCUUGUAUACUGAAGAAUUUGUUGUUUCCAUAAACUCUUUGUACCGAUCAUAUAUAUUAAUUUUGGUUUGGGAUAGCAAAAGUAUCAGUAGAAAAAAUGGAGAUAACUAAUGUUUCUGAAUACGAGGCCAUUGCAAAGGAGAAAUUGCCCAAGAUGGUUUAUGACUACUAUGCCUCAGGAGCAGAGGACCAGUGGACUCUUAAGGAGAAUCAAAAUGCAUUUUCUAGGAUUUUGUUCCGACCGCGCAUUCUUAUUGAUGUUAGCAAGAUUGACAUGACCACCACCGUCUUGGGUUUCAAGAUUUCAAUGCCUAUCAUGAUUGCUCCAACUGCUAUGCAGAAAAUGGCUCACCCUGAAGGAGAAUAUGCAACAGCCAGAGCAGCUUCAGAUGCAGGAACAAUUAUGACACUAUCCUCGUGGGCUACUUCCAGUGUUGAGGAGGUUGCUUCAACAGGACCUGGCAUUCGCUUUUUCCAACUCUAUGUAUACAAAGACAGGAAUGUUGUUGCACAGCUUGUGAGAAGAGCUGAAAGGGCUGGUUUCAAGGCAAUUGCCCUUACUGUGGAUACUCCAAGACUUGGCCGCAGGGAAGCUGAUAUCAAGAAUAGAUUUACUUUGCCACCAUUUUUGACUUUGAAGAACUUUGUGGGUUUGGACCUCGGCAGAAUGGAUAAGGUAAGUGAUAUAUGUCUGAUAAAUCUCAGUUCUAAUCAUCCAUUUACUUUGCCUGUUUGUUCACCUAAUGGUGAGAUUGUCUUACAGACCAAUGACUCUGGGCUAGCUUCGUAUGUUGCUGGCCAAAUUGAUCGGACACUUAGCUGGAAAGAUGUAAAGUGGCUUCAGACAAUCACAUCUUUGCCAAUUCUAGUUAAGGGUGUCAUUACUGCUGAGGAUGCAAGGCUAGCUAUACAAGCGGGAGCUGCAGGAAUCAUUGUGUCCAAUCACGGAGCUCGCCAGCUUGAUUAUGUACCGGCAACUAUUAUGGCUUUGGAAGAGGUCGUUAAAGCUGCACAAGGCAAAGUUCCGGUUUUCCUUGAUGGAGGGGUUCGGCGUGGAACUGAUGUCUUCAAGGCGUUGGCUCUGGGAGCAUCUGGAAUAUUUAUUGGAAGGCCAGUAGUAUUUUCAUUAGCUGCUGAAGGUGAAGCUGGUGUUAGGAAAGUGCUUCAGAUGCUACGCGAUGAAUUGGAGCUGACAAUGGCAUUAAGUGGCUGUCGCUCACUAAAGGAGAUCACCCGAAACCACAUUGUAACCGAUUGGGACCAACCUCGUGUUGUCCCCAGGUUAUAAAGUGCUGGUCUCCCUGUCAAAUUGCGCAUUGCAAAUGCCCGAAGUUUCUAAGACCCUAUCUUGUCCAUCAGAAUAACUUGAUUAUUAUCCCAGAUUUAGUGCUUCAUAUGUACUAAAUGUUUUGAAGAAUUUAGCUUUUGUAAUGACAAUAGAAUUACCGACGAUUAAUCCAUACCAUCUUUCAUUA